UGGCUCAAUUGGGUGGGUUGACUGGAGAGAAUUGGGCCCCUGUCGAUCGACCCCGUGCACGAACAGGUGGCAUCACACUGAAAGUUGGUUGCUGCCAUGUCAUCAUGCAGAGAUCCACCAAUUGGUGGAAAUGAGAUGGCUGGCCUUCGGGCGUUUCUCAGAAGUCGAUGCGGCAGCCUCAAGGCUGCUUUUGGCGAGCUGGACAGCCACGACGUUGGACAGCUGACCAGUGAUGACUUCGUGAAGGGACUAUUGCGAUUGGGAUAUGCGGAGGAUGCGAGCGCAAUGUUUCGCUCCAUUGAUGGCGCCAAAAGCGGGCUUGUCACGAUGAAGAGCUUUUUGAAUUGCCUUGGUGAUCGCAUGGUGGAAGCCAUAGACACUGACAGGCAACACUCAAUGGUCAAACCAUUGACGAGAAGUGCAAGCGAUGAUGUUUGGAAAAGUGCGAGAAUACCAAAGAGCAGUUCUCCCAACUUGCUGACCAGCCAUGCUGUUGGUGGCGUUUUGAAGAGUGGAUCUGCGUUGCGCAGCUCCACACCAGAUGACAUAGGUCUGACACCCACUUCGCCGCACAUGCCCGUGGCGGGCGCAGAUUUGCUGUAUGCCCGUAUCUCCAGAGUCGAGGAGCAGGUUGCAGCUGAGCAGCGCUUGCGCUGUGAGACUGAGCAGCGACUUACACAGCAUUUGAACAGCUUGGUAGGGGUCAGCAUCUCGGAGCAGCUGGAUGUGCUUCGUCAGCAGCUUGUUGAAGAGCGAAUGCAACGCCAGGUGGACAUCACUUCUGUACGCGCCUCGUUGGAGACAGUGAGGUCCCUGGCGCUGCGCUCUGUACAGGAGAACCUUGAGGAGUGCGUGAAAAGCGAAGUAGACAAGUCCAUUGGCGAGGUCCGCAUGACUUUGGAACAGACCGCAUGCAUCAAUGGCAGCAAGAGCCCAGAGCUGCGACAAAAGCUUGAUGAGCUCAGCAAAUCGACUGAGAUUCGGUUGGCAGAGCUCGAGGCAUCCGUGCGAAGUGAAAACGACACGACCUUGCGUGCCUCAGUAGAGACAGUGAGGUCACUGGCACGCUCCGUACAGGAGAGCCUUGAGGAGCGCGUAAAAUCCGAACUGGACAAGUCCAUCGGUGAAGUCCGCAUGAGCUUGCAGCAGACCGCCUGCGCCGACGGCGGCGACAAGAGCCCAGAGAUAGAACAGAAGUUGGACAAGCUCAGUAAAUCCACAGAGAUUCGAUUGGCGGAGCUCGAGACAUCAGUGCGAAAUGUGGGGGAUAUUACAUCCUUGCGAGAUUCCCUCGAGGCACUGAGGUCGCUGUGCCUGCGCUCUGUACAAGCGAACCUUGAGCAGUGCGUAAAAUCCGAAGUGGACAAGUCCAUCGGCGAGGUCCGCAUGCGCAUAACAUCUGAAGUGGAGAAGUCUAUAGGUGAGGUCCGCAUGACCUUGGAGCAGAUGUGUGCUGAAGGCCGCGACAAGAGCCCAGAGCUGCGACAAAAGCUGGAGCAACUCAGCAAUUCAACUGAGAAUCGGCUGGCGGAGCUCGAGGCAUCUCUGCGGAAUGUGUGCCGGCAAUUUUCUUGUCAAUCCGAAGAUAGUCAGCACAUGGACGCGCUCCUCCAGGCGAGCUUGCAGCUGAGGGAGGCCGAAGUGCGUCUCCGAGAGCAGAAUCUGGAGAUGCGGGAAAGAGCUGUGAAGAUGCAGGAGGAGGAGCACUGCAGUCGUCAAGACGCACCGAUGCAGCGGCCGCCAAUGGGCGCAGGGUCAGCGCGCUCUGCCUCCCCACCGCCCAGCACCAAGGGGCCUUGCUCUUGUAACCAUUCUCCACCGGUACCGUCACACCCGCUGCGCCAAUCUCGCACCUCACUCCCUCCCAGCGGAGGCGCGCCAAGGCCAGCGAUGGUGUCGCCGCCUACGAUGCACCGUGCAGAUCCUAGGCACCCUGGUACGCCGGUGGUGGAAGGUCGUCAGCCAGCGAUGCAUGAUCGCCAUACUGCCUGCUGGGUGGUCAACCCGCAGAUGCCCGUGCGUGGCGCGCGUGCACCAUCGCCAGCCGUGUCACACGUGCCAGGAGUUUCUAUAAGGCGCUUCUCGAGCGACUCGCGCCGUGUCCCAGGGGCAGACGGAGGAUAGGGCUGCUCCGCCGGCCGGUUGAGCAGCUGGAAACUCAGAGUUGACCUUGCCUUGCAGCCUUCAUCGGGCACAAAGAUUGUGUGCUACAGCCUGAGGGUUCAAACAAACAGCCCUCGGAGCUGCCUGCAGAGAAAGCCAAGCGUUGAUAUUAAUGUCUCUCCAUGCGUAGAUUCGAGUGUAGCUAGUUUCAUUUGGCAGCUCGGUUGCUUCGGUGCAACGCAAGUUUUUUCUUUGAUAGUGUGCAAUAAUUUUCAGGGCCAAAGAAGGAUCAGCUUCAAGCCAGGCACAGGCCAAACCCUGGCGCCGGAUUGAAAUUCCGAGCUCCAGCAUUUGGACGCCGCUGCUCUCGUCAACUUUUCCAAUCAAAUACAUGGCACGCGUUGCAGGUUCUGCCAGUGGGCAGCGAGCCAUGAA